AUGACGGCAACCCCACCACCAACAACUCUCUCACCGGCUUCUUCCACCGAGCUUCCGUUGUACGCCAACGAGGUGGGGCCAGAGUCAGACAUGGCUGCUCGCCGGCCUCUGUACCUGAUAGUCGCCACUGCCACUAAGCCUCCCCUCGGCAUCGGCCUCAAUGGCACGCUCCCCUGGCCACCUAUCAAAGCGGACAUGGAUUUCUUCCGGAAGGUCACGAAGGACUCUCGCCCCUCUUCUGACGGGUCGUGCUUAAUGCGGAGGCAGAGCAAAGUCAUGAAUGCAGUGAUAAUGGGCCGGAAGACCUGGGAGUCGAUUCCGCCGAAGUUCCGCCCACUGGCUGGGCGGAUCAAUGUGGUUGUCACGAGGCAACAGAUGGAGUAUGCCACGACUACUAUCGCUCGAGAGCUCGAGGAUCGGGAGAUUGAAACCGAUGCGGAUGGACGCUUUCCCUCAAUUGCCGUGAUACGGGCGAAGAGUCAGGAAGGCAGACCGACACCGCCCCCAGUGAUCAUUGCCAAGGGUCUAGAGGCCGCACUUGAUGCGCUCGAUGGGCAAAGUCAUAGCCUGCUCAACGGCGAAGCAACGGGAGCUGAUGGCAACAGUGAGCAGCUCGAGCUAGGCAACAUCUUCGUCAUAGGCGGCGCACAGAUCUACACUGCAGCUUUGGACCUUGCCAAGUCACAAAGUCGGCCUGUACGUAUACUACAGACGUUGGUCAGGCGCAAGGAUGCCGGCGAGAUACCCUGCGAUACCUUCUUUCCCAACGUACUUGACAAAGGGACUGGAAGCGCAGCAGAUCAGGAUAGCUUGAAACAGUGGCUCGCGACAAGCGGGAACAACGAGAGCAUCGCUCUGCCACAAGGAAAGCAGGACUGGGCGGUCGAUGAGAAGAGCGGCUUUGAAGUCAGGGUCAUUGGGAUUGAGAUAUGA